AUGUGGGCUGGGAUAACCUUAGACCCUGGCGCAGCCCUAACCUAUUUGAAUGAUUCUGAAAAUUUUGAACAGUCGACGAGUGCCGAAACGGCAUUAAACGGAUCAGAACAAAAAACUAAUGUUGAAAAAAUUGUUUCACCGUUAAUUGUUAAAAAUUUACAAACGAUUUUUGAGAACAAAGAAGAAAAGAAAAGGCAAACAAUGAUUGUUAUAUCCGAUUCUCAAUCCUUACGUUCACCACAACAUCGUUUAAGUGUCGAUAUAGAAACGGAAAUAUCACCAGACGGUGAUAAAAAUAGUUUAUCAUCAUCGAGUGCCGAUUCAUCAUCUCAUUUUUCACAACAAAAUGAACAUUGGUAUGAGGGAAAUUCAAUAGCAACGUGUAUUGAUCAACAAAAUGAAAAAAAUAAUAUUAAUCCAACACUUAUAUUAUCAUCAUCAUUACCAACUAAUUUUAGUGGACAUUUGUUGUCGGAUAGUUUAAAACGUCAUUCAGCUGGUAUUUAUCAGACGACCACCAGUGGUUUAAGAGAAAUUCCUAACGAUGAAAUAUUACGUGAAGUCGAUCUAAAUGAUAUAAAUAACGUUGGAGAUGAAUUUUUUCUAUUCUCACCGCGGAAUAAGAAUGAAAAUAAUAAUUUAAACAAAGAAGAAGGUAACACUUCUAUAGUUUCUAAUAUGAACAAUAAAAACAACACGAUGCAUAAUCAAAAUAAUCGAUUGUAUGCAUUGAUAUCGUCUAACGAUAACAAUAACGAUCAUGAAGAUUUAUCUCAUAUAGAUAUAGAUGAAUCUAAUUUCCACUAUUCAACAGUACGGGAUCCAUUUGAAUUUGAAUGUACAAAGAUAACAAAUCUUGAUGAUAUUCUCGAUGAUGAUGAUGAUGAUGACGAUGAUGAUGAUGAUGAUAAUGAAGAUGAUAAUACUAUGAUUAAAAAUUAUCGACGCCCUUUACAAGAAGAUAUCUUAUAUGAAGUUGAAAAUGAAAACAGUCAUUCUGAUCAAAGCCCCAAUACAAGAUCUGUUAUUUCCGUUGCUGAUACGCAUUCGGAAAAUAAUACAAGAAACGAAGUUUGGAAAAAUAGCCAUAUCACUCAAAGUGAUCGAAUGGAUGAUGGAUUGAAUGAAAAUAUUGACAGAAAUACUUCUGAUAUAACAAAAAUAAUGUCUUUAAAUUUAGAAAAUUACGAUGCAAUCAAAUCUACAACUGCUGAAAAAGAACAACCAAAAAAGUCUGUAGAAGAUACAUUGACCAGAACACAAUCACGAGAAGAAGAGUUAAAAGAAACUAGUUCGAAAAAUGACAGUAUAUUACCGAUCUAUAUUGCGUAUUCGCUACCGCCUUUAUUUUCUACUCAAGCUCCACCAACAUUGAGGGUGGACGCAUUGACAACGAGAAACAAUAAUUCGACAACAUCCUAUCUGCUUCCAUCUACGAUGGAAUCGUCACAAUAUUUUAAUUUAAACAAAUGGGAUAGUUUAACUAAUAAUAUUGACGAAUUCUCGAAUACAUCAUAUUUAUCGCCUUAUACAUCAAAAAUACGUCAUCGUCAAUAUAGUGUCGGUUCAUACUACGAUAACAAAAGUACGACAACAACACGUCAUCAUCAUACGAGUCUGUUGGGAAGUGCAGGGCAUAAUGCUCUACGACGAAUGCAUCCUUUGAUGGAUGCAUCGCCCUUUUCAUCAUCUUAUCAGCCGAUUAUUAUGAAUACUCGAAAUAUUUAUUCUGACAAUUCUAAAAUAAUUCGAGAUAAUGAUGUAUUAUAUUCAACGUCGAAUAAAAUCCAAAAUAACUCUAACAUAUUUGACUCUAGUGUAAAAAACCAUGUGACAGCAUAUGAUAAAACUAAUCAUGUUCUCAAAAGUGAUCAAAUCAUAAAUAAAAACUACGAAGUGAAAAAAGAAACUACUAUACAAGAAAAUAAUAAUCGAAAUAUUUACGAUGUAACGCCUAUACGAUCUGAUAAUAGUGCACUUCGUAUUUCUGCACAAUUUCAACAAUAUGAAAUUCCUCAAAUACAUAAUAAAAAAUUAAAUCAUAACCAAAUAGAUGAUAAACACAUUUAUCCUGAAAGUCGUUCGAUUAUCGGACAAAAACAACAACAAUCGAAACAAGAUGAAAAUCAUGAAGAUUUUCAAUUUAUACGCGGUGCUAUUAAACGUGUGUUUGAUUUUCAUACGACUAAUAAUGACUUAGAAACAAGUGACAUAUCACCACGUUAUGAACAUAUUUCUAGCGAUGGUUCCGCAUCAUCAUCAUUCAAAACAAGAUCAUCUUCAUAUAAAACAACUGUUUCAAAAAAUAUUGAUAAAUCAGGCACAGAUAUUAAAAAUAACAAAUCCACAUCUGAAGACAAUGUUCCAUUUCCAGCAGUUGAAGCUGUACAACGGUUUUAUCAGACUAAUAAUAAUCAAAACAAUACAGUUUAUGUUAGUGAUCAAAUAGUUGGUAAAAAAUUAAUACCCAUAACCAAUCUUGAUGAUAAUUUUGAAUAUAUAAAGGAAUCAACUCAUGUACCGUCAACAAAUAAUGAUAAAAAUUCUUUAAAUUCAAUACCGAACACGAAUACUAACGACACUUCAAAACGAUUUGAUUUACCAAAAAUUGAUGAAGUAGGAGAUCCAGCAUCGAAAUCAAAAUCAAAAUCGAGUGCGGGCGUAGUUGAACAGGAAGUAAAUAAUUCUGAAUUUGAUGAUACAUUAAAUGAUAUUGAAGAUUAUAUAGAUCAAGGAAAUAAAGAAAGCGCGCAUACGAGUAAUGAAAAUUCACCAACGUCAACGCAACAUGGUGUGAUAUCGACAAUUAUAAAACCAACACAAGAAACACGAACAUCAGAUAAGAGCAAUUUUGGUUCCUAUAUUAAAGCAACGAGCAGCCCAACGGAGAGUCAUAGUACAAUACAGUCAUUUCAAACAGCAAAAUCUAGUGUGCCAGUUGAUAUUGUAACAACAGUUAUUUUAGAAAAAGAAGGUGAUGAUGAGGAUAUUGAAGUAAUUGAAGGUGAUAUGGUAUUAUAUUACGAUGAUAUUGAUAUUGUUGAACAUUCACCCGUUUCUAGUAUAUCUCCAUCUUCAUCUGAUAAUGUUAAGCAUCAUCAAUCACCACCGCCACCACCUAUACCUGCUCGAACAUUAAAACCAGUUCGAUUAUUAAAGGAUAUUGAAAGAGUAACGGGACAGCGAAAAGCAAGUAUCGAAACGGAUAUAGAUAAUUAUAUUGAAGCUAGAAAUAUGACAAAUAAUUUAACAUAUGGACAGAUUCAAUCAAAUCAUGUCAAUGAAAUUAUCCCUUCAAAACAUGUUGAAACAGUUAUUCCAAUUAUUGAUGAACGAAAAAUUCCUCCACCCCUACCUUCUCAUUUUUCGUCUGAUUUAAAAAAAUUUAGUGUUAAUACAGUAAAUGAUUUAUUAAAUAGAACUAACUAUAAAAAUGAUUCUCAAUUUACAUCUAUACAAUCUUAUCCUCGGAUUCCGUCAUCGCGACAUUAUUGUGGAAAGAUUAACGAAAAUAAUAGUUUAUCUUCUCGAACAAGUAGUAUUAGUAGUGUAACAACAGGCGAGGCAUCACAAAAUCUGAAAAAACAAGUUUUACCACUUGAACCAUCAGUGAAGGCGCGUACAUUACCUGCACUAAUUAGUGAACAAAAGUUAAAUAGUACAACAAGUCAUUAUAAUGAACCAAUUAUUAUCAAGCCUGCAUCUAUUCAAUCAGCUGCCUCUACUCGUAUACCAACAAAAAGUCCAUUUGCUACGCUUCCAUCAAGAACGACGAUUUCACGUCCGCCUAUUAAGCAACAACAUCAGGGUACACGACAAUCAUUAGCAACAAAUGCAUUUGUAAAACAAAUUAAAAGUUCAUUCAGUACAAGUAGUCUAUCCGGACCACAAAUCCCCAAUAAUUUGUCACUAUCUACAAAAGAUUUACGACAUUACGUAUCUAAAACUUAUACGCCAGAAGACUCAAAUACUAUCGAUGAUAAUGGAAUUGUGCAUUUAAGAAAUAAUGGCGCUGGCGAUCAAUCAGUUAAAAGGCAACAAAGAUUAUCACGUAGUUUCCAUAAUGUAUCCGACUAUCAUGAAGCACAUACAGCACAGAACUUACCCUCAAAAUCCUGUGAAGAUAAUCUUGAUAAUGUGACUGAUCAAUUACCACCAACACGUACAACAGUAACAGCAAUACCAAUACGUACCACAGCAACAUCAUCACGCACAACAGUAACACCACCACAACAACAACAGCAAUCUCAGUCUAAAACAGCAUUAUCUCAAGAACGUUUAUCAUCAGCAAUUCCUCUAGUACCAAGUACACCAACUCAAGAGGACAAUGCACGAAUGUUAUCUAUGAAAUGGUAUACUGGACAAGUACCUGAAAAUUCUGAAAUAGAUUAUGAUAAUAAUAACGAUAAUGAUUUGUUAAAAGAAUAUAUCAGUGCACAUGGUACAUCUGAAAUGAACAAUUUAUUUCAUUCACUACAAAAUUCGAAUGAUAUUCAUAUUCAUGCCGCAUUAGACGAUAUUCGACUACGUGUAGCUCAGUUUGAUCAAAUAAAAAAUCAAAAUGAUUUACAAGCGUUUAUGCUCUACUUAGAUAGUCGUCUAAAAGAUUUGAAGAGAAUAUCAAUAUCUCAUAAUGACAAUAAUAAUAAUAAUAAUAAUAUUAAUAAUCGAACAAACCACACACAAUCACAAACAGCAUUACGAAAAGGUUCAUCGAAUGAAAAUAUAAUUGAUGAUAAUCGAUCAAAUUCGAGUGAACAAAAUCAACAACCACCAAGACAAAUUAGUCGACAACAAAUGAAACCUACAACAAAUGGACAUUUUAAUACUCAACAACUACUCACUAGUACAAGCCAAGAUAAAGAUGAUUUGGAUAAUGUACUGAACACGAUUCUUGCUUUACCGAAAAAAGGAGUGACUACUCUAUCCCGUGAAUCGACGAACUCUUCUAUUAAAAGAGAUGUGUCUACUCCUUUAUCAGUACCAGUUUCAAAUAAGGAUCAAACAAUCGGGAAACGAUUGUUUGAAAGUGCAUUUACAGAUCAACGAUUAUUAUACGAUGGUCCAAAAGAGAAAGAGGAAUUGUUUGAAACAUCUGUCUGA